UGCUCUUCGUUGGGUUUCGGGUCGGUCCAUUCCUACAGUUACAGAUUCUUGCCAUUUUAACGGUCCAGAUUAAUUCUAUCAGUUCCUCUUCCUCGCCAAAUAUAGUCUCGACUCUCCACAGAGCUUAGAGAGAGUGACUCGAAGCUCACCACGAGGAGAUCUGAAACGAGGUGAGUUAGAAAGCCAUGGCGGAGGAGCAUCACCACGAGGAGCCGAAGCAGGAGUCUUUGAUUGAGAAGAUAUCGGAGAAGAUACACGGCCAUCAUGACUCCUCGUCGUCGGAUUCGGACGACGAGAAGAAAAAGAGCAGCUCUUCUUCUUCUUCUUCUUCUUCUCCUUCGCCGAUGAAGUCCAAUAUUUACCGCCUCUUUGGUAGGGAAAGGCCUGUGCACAAGGUUUUCGGUGGUGGCAAACCGGCUGAUGUUUUCUUGUGGAGGAAUAAGAAGAUAUCAGCAGGGGUGCUUGGUGGAGCAACGGCAGCGUGGAUUCUGUUUGAAUUGCUUGAAUACCAUUUGCUGACUCUGGUCUGCCACAUCUUGAUUUUGAUACUUUCAAUUCUGUUCUUGUGGUCAAACGCAUCCACCUUCAUCUACAAACAUCCACCACACAUUCCAGACUUCCAUAUCCCAGAGAAACCACUGUUACAGUUUGCUGCAGCACUGAGGAUAGAGAUCAACCGUGCUUUUGUUGUUCUGCGUGAUAUUGCAUCGGGAAGAGACCUCAAGAAGUUCUUAUAUGCGAUCGCUGGCUUGUGGGUCUUGUCUAUUGUGGGGAACUGGUGCAACUUCUUGACCUUGUUCUACAUCGCAUUUGUUUUGCUCCAAACAUUGCCUGUAUUCUAUGAAAAGUAUGAGGUCCAGGUGGACUCAUUCGCUGAGAAAGCACAUGCUGAGAUCAAGAAGCAGUAUGCAGUUUUUGAUGCAAAGGUUUUGAGCAAGAUUCCGAGGGGACCAUUGAAGGAUAAGAAGAAGGUUUAGAGUGGCAUUUCAGUUGGCCUUUUCAAUGAGCUGAGAAAUAUUUGGUAGCUGUGUUAUGUGAAAAGGUGGUGUGAAAUUUUUAUCCAUGAUUGUCAAGAACCUGUUUUACUUUUCUUUUUUUUUUUUUUUUUUUUUUUUUUUUUCCCUUUUAGGGUGUUGGGGUUCACAUCGUGGAUUGAUAUGGGUGCAGUAGUACUUGUGAAUGUGUCUAUCUGCUGACGGCCACCGAAUGAUAUGUUGUUACUUCAUACUCCUAUAUAUUUGCAUAUUUAUUAAUGCAUGUACAUUGGGCUAAUUUUAUAUCA